AUGCAGUUCAACAGACGACAUGGAGCCAAGCCAAAAAAGUUCAAGUCAAAUGAUUUUGUCCGCGACUUCCGCUCCGGACAACCCAAAUGGUCUCCCGGACAUAUGCUACGACGACACGGACAUACGCCAUACAACGUGUUAGUUCAAGGAUUCAUCUGGAAGCGCCACGUCAAUCAGCUUCGCCCACGUGACUCACUGGGAGAACCAAUUGAUCCCUCACAAGACUCAACUUCAGGGACGUCAUCUACACUACCGUUGUCUCCAAUGGCCGCAUUCACGGCAACGACGACGACAAUGACGACGACGACGACUGCACAACCAGCGCCUCCUUUCCUUGCACCGUGCCGUUCGACCCGCACUAGACGCCCUCCAGACUUCCUUCAGACUGACCCGUACGCCAAGUCAUACCAAGACCGUCAAUCUUAG